AGAGCUAGAUGCUUUUGAAAGUCGAAUUCAUAAUAGUGUUUGAGGCACCAUCUACUCCCACUCACUAGUCACCAAGCUGUUAUAUUUACAAGUUUAAAUGCACGAUCCACAAAGUAAUUACUCUGAAGGUGUAUAGGAGGCACCUCACUACAAAUGAUCUUUUGUCCAGGAUGGUUUUUGUUUUGCAUUAUCUAUUUGCAGUCGUGGGGAUCGAACUCAGGGACUUGUGCAUGGAUAAGAAAACUUCCUUGACUUCAGAUGCAGAAAUGAGACCUGAACCACCGGCUCUGUGCGUGAACCCUGGCAACCCUGUGUUUUCCUGUAUGUUGGAUCCCAAGACAUUGCACACAGCCACCUCACUGUCCAAAGCCCAGAUGAUUAUGUACAAGACCAGUGCCAGCCAGUACGGGGCCUUCUCGCCCAGGCCCUUCUUCUUUCCCUGUAAGUUCCUACCACAAGAGCAAGCGUUUACAGAGCACCUCAAAACAACCGGCUUUUAUCAAAACAACAGCCUAAAUGUUGGUCCUGACCGAACCAGAACCAUCGAUUCUCCUAAUUAUCAACACACACUAUGAAAAUACAUCCUUCUGACAAUGGAAGAGAAAAUGUCCUGGGGGUAUAAGUUUCUAAGUCUAGAACAACUAAUUUUGAGCAUUUGAAAUUUAAUAACUUUUAAUAAAGAAGAUACAAAUGCAUAUUCUCAAAACACUUUU